UUUUGCAAGAUCAGGUGUUUAACAGUGGAUUAAGAUCUGCACAAUCACAAACAAAAACCUCAUCGUUAAUCAAAAUCAUUCAUAAUCCAAAAAAAGAAAAAGAAAAAAGAAGAUUAAGAGAGAGAGGAAAAUCCCAACAGAUAGCUAAGAAAAUGGAGUAGUAGUAUGUAUAUAUAAUAUCAUAAAAUGUCUGGCGCAUAUCAAAGGAGAGAUAAAAGAGCAUUUCUCGACUCUCAUAACCAUCAUCGUCACUUCUCCGCCGUCGAGAUGACCACAGCCGCCCCUCCGCCGGCUGCUCGCGGUUCCAUUUUCCUCGGGGUUGAUGUGGGCACCGGAAGCGCACGUGCAGGUCUAUUUGAUGACAAUGGACGACUUUUGGGCUCUGCUAGUUGCCCCAUACAGAUAUGGAAAGAUGGUGACUGUGUUGAGCAAUCUUCGACUGAUAUCUGGCUUGCAAUUUGCACCGCUGUGAAAGCAGCAUGUUCUCUUGCAAAUGUUUCUGGGGAUGAAGUGACAAGUUUGGGUUUUUCUGCUACUUGUUCUCUUGUUGCUAUCGAUGAUGAGGGAGAACCUGUGACUGUUUCCUGGAGCGGUGACCCAAGAAGAAAUGUUAUAGUGUGGAUGGACCAUAGAGCUGUAAAACAAGCUGACAGAAUUAAUUCCUCUAAGUCACCAGUACUUGAAUAUUGUGGUGGGGCUGUAUCCCCUGAGAUGGAGCCGCCAAAGCUUCUGUGGGUCAAAGAAAAUUUGCAGGAAUCAUGGUCAUUGGCAUUUAGGUGGAUGGAUCUGAGUGAUUGGUUAUCAUAUAGAGCAACGGGAGAUGAUACUAGGAGUCUGUGCACAAUAGUCUGCAAAUGGACUUACUUGGGUCAUGCACAUAUGCACCAAAACAAUGAAAUAGAUUCUCGUGAUAUGGAAGCUCGUGGAUGGGAUGAUGACUUUUGGGAGGAGAUUGGUCUAGGCGAUCUUGUGGAUGGCCAUCAUUCCAAGAUUGGGCGAAGUGUAGCUUUUCCUGGUCAUGCUUUGGGGUCUGGUCUGACACCUGAUGCUGCAAAGGAAUUGGGUCUGGCUGCUGGGACACCAGUUGGUACAUCCUUAAUAGAUGCGCAUGCCGGUGGUGUAGGAGUGAUGGAAAGUGUUCCGAUGGCAGAUUUUGCGUCAGAAGAGGUUGAUGAGGAAGCAAUAUGCCACCGAAUGGUGUUGGUAUGCGGAACUUCUACUUGUCACAUGGCAAUUUCUAAGAACAAAUUGUUCAUUCCAGGGGUCUGGGGACCAUUCUGGUCAGCUAUGGUGCCUCAGUAUUGGCUUACUGAAGGAGGCCAGAGUGCCACUGGGGCAGUACUUGAUUACAUUAUUGAGAACCAUGUUGCUUCUCCGCUCCUGGCUAAUAGGGCUGCUUCUAGAAGUAUUUCAAUUUUUGAACUACUGAAUGAGAUACUGGAAACAUUGAAGCAAGAAGUAGGUUCAUCUUUUCUUGCGGCAUUGACUAGAGACAUCCAUAUCCUUCCAGAUUUCCAUGGAAACAGAUCUCCCAUUGCAGACCCAAUCUCAAAAGGGAUGAUAUGCGGUUUAACUCUUGAUACAAGUGAAAAACAGCUGGCUCUUCUAUACCUAGCCACAUUGCAGGGUAUAGCAUAUGGGACACGGCAUAUUAUAGAGCAUUGCAAUGCCCACGGUCAUAAAAUUGACACCUUGCUUGCAUGUGGAGGGCUUUCAAAGAAUUCCUUGUUCAUUCAAGAGCAAGCAGAUAUUACAGGUUACCCCAUAGUUCUUCCACGGGAAAAUGAAUCAGUGCUCUUGGGUGCUGCUAUUCUUGGUGCUGUUGCCUCAAAAAAACAUCCCACCGUCCAAGAUGCCAUGAGAGCACUAAAUGCAGCUGGGCAGGUCGUCUAUCCCUCUAAGGACCCAAAAGUGAAGAAGUACCAUGAUGCUAAAUACCGUAUCUUCCGUGAUCUUUACGCUCAGCAGUUAUCUCAACGCUCAAUUAUGAAAGACGCUCUUUCAUAGGUUUGGCAUCUAUUUCUGCAUGUUCACAACUCGAAAGUUCUACCAGAGCGACGAGUGGAAAGUUGAUUCUUGACUUGUUUAUGGGGUGCAUUUCGUAACAUUCUACAGUAUCACCUGGCCUUUCGGCCUACAUCACAUGUACAGUUAUCUUAAUGCUGUCUGUGUCCUAAAGCCACAUUUUCUUUGAUCAAGUAAAUGUACAUGAAUCUCUAUUCUGCUC